AUGGCAGAUGGUUACAGAUUCCCACAGCAGAGUGCUGGGAACUACUAUUAUCCACAACAUACACAGCCCCAUCACCCAAGACACCAGAUCAUCCGCAACGGCACGCCUCCCAAUAACAUCCGGUCUGUCUUCAGCGCAGACACCCCUUCGCCUUCUCGAUCACCGGAUUCUCAUUCUCCGGCACAAAACCUCUACGGCAUGUUCAAUCAGAAUCACCAGCAAGGGCAGCAUGGCCGGGUUAAUGGAGCUGGUGGGCGAGGGAUGCCAGCGAUGUACAAUUUCCAACAUCAGAACACCCACCAACCUCAGCAUAUGCAACACCACGCGAACAUUCAACAGGACCAUCCAACACACACAACCAAUGGCGCGGUACUUGGGCACCAUGCGAGUUACUCGUCCGGCGUCUUGUCGAAUUCAACGCCGAGCUUCACACCCAGCAAUCUCCAAAACGGGCAUUCGGCGACGACACGCGGGGGCCAGGCACAACAGAUAACUGAGCACUGGGCGGAGCAAAUCAGAUUGCACAAGGAGUCUGAGAAAGCUCACUCACUGAUGAUGGAGGGUGCUCCAAACCACUAUGCGAGGCUCAGAGCAGGGGAGAACCGGGGCAUUACUCCAGCACCUGCACAACCCGUAGCAGCCUCAGAUGAUCCACAGGACAAUGGCGAGAGCAGAGAUCUUGGUCGGAUGGCUGAUCAGCAGAGCCCCCUCAAACGUCAAGAUUGGCACAACAUGGAUUUGAGUGGUCAAGGACUUCGAGUGCUUUCAGCUCCCGUGUUCAACUAUGUCUUCUUGAAGGAACUCUAUGUCGCAUCCAACAAGCUCGCAUACUUACCACCAACGAUAGGUCAAUUACGUCAUUUGACCCUUCUGGAUGUCUCGAAUAAUCAGCUGGUGGACCUGCCUCCGGAGUUGGGGAUGUGCGUAUACAUGAAGCAACUCUUGGCAUUUGAUAAUCGAAUUCAGACACUGCCAAAUGAAUUAGGGUCUUUGUAUCAAUUGGAUAUACUGGGCAUCGAAGGCAAUCCUAUUGAUCAGGGAAUGAAACAGGUGGUCAUCGAACACGGCACAAAGAAGCUCAUUGAACGUCUGAGGGAAGAGGCUCCCGUUCCAAUGCCACCUACGCCUCGCUCAAUGCUCGACCUCACUUCAGGAGAAGUUAGUUCUGCGAACAGAGAACGAUUCAAGGUUUUCUCAUUCAAUAUCCUAACCAACGAAGCAUGCACUGAAAGACUUUACGGAUACUCUCCCAAAGCGGCGCUGGAUUGGGAAUAUCGAAAGGAACAGGUGUUGCAGGAGAUUCAAUCAAACGACGCCGAUUUCGUUUGCCUGCAAGAGGUCGACACCGAGACAUUCAAGGAAUAUUUCAGCAUGAAGCUUGCCUAUUCAAAGUACAAAGGUGUUUUCUGGCCAAGAUCUCGUGCAAAGACGAUGGCGGAAAGCCAAGCCAAGAAUGUGGAUGGAUGUGCGACCUUCUACAAAUUCGAGGAAUGGAUAUUACUUGACAAACAGCUCGUCGACUUUGGGAAUCUUGCCAUCAACCGACCAGACGCCAAGAACCAGCAUGAUAUAUUUAACCGGAUCAUGCCAAGGGAUCACAUUGCUGUGGUCUGCUUCUUUGAGAAUAGGCAGACUGGAUCAAGGUUGAUCGUGGUCAACACCCAUCUCUACUGGGAUCCAGCAUACUGUGAUGUGAAGCUCAUCCAAACCGCGAUUUUGUUGGGCGAGGUGAACAGGCUAGCGGAAAAGUAUGCUAAGUGGCCAGCCUGCAAAGACAAGAAGAGCUACACAUUACCAACUGAGGAUGAUGAUGAUGAUGAUGUUGAGCUGGCCCCAGAAAUUACACCCGAGCCAUCAAAGGAGUAUUCCAGCAAGACACAGGUUCCCUUGGUGAUCUGCGCAGACCAGAACUCCACUGCCGACUCAAGUGUCUUCGAGCUCUUUGCCAAAGGCAGCGUCAGACCCGACCAUCCCGAAUUGCUCGGUCACAGCUAUGGCAAUUUCACCAAAGAUGGCAUGGAACAUCCCUUCUCACUCCGCUCAGCCUACACCAAUCUUGACAAGACUCCGGACGCCUUACCAUUCACGAACUACACGCCUGGCUUCAGAGGUGUGAUCGAUCACAUCUGGUACUCAACCAACGCCCUCGAGAAUACCUCGUUACUCGGACGUGUCGAUCCAGAAUACAUGCGCACCGUUCCCGGUUUCCCGAACUACCAUUUCCCCAGUGAUCACUUGUCAUUGAUGGCGGAAUUCGCGAUCAAGGGCCCGAAGAUGAAGAAAGCGCUCCAGGAACCGGAUUUUGGCCCUUCGGGUCGCAGGGAUGAUCGGAGGAGAACCUAG